GAGCACCAAACCAACCGCUGCACAGAUACUCCAAACCCAUUUACGCAAAUCCAUUGAUGCGAGAGAUGCUCCUUAGCUCAGUCUUCAGCCAAGAGGAGUGAAGAAAACACAAGGUGAAGUCAAUACAUCCUCCUCCCCGGUGACACAAAGGGGGCCGGUGGUAUAAAAGAAGUGUAUGUUCCCCUCAACAUUCACACUUUCUUCCUCUUCUUCCUUACUCCUCAUCGUUCAACAUUCAGCUGCGUCCCCAAGAAGAGGAGCUAAGAUGACUUUCUACGAUGACAUUUACCCAUUCUACUCUCUACAAAGGACCUCCUUCAUCUUUAGUGGACGGUUGCUUACCAUUAUUCUGGUCUUCCUUGUGCUAGCAGUCAGUCUUCUUCUCAUUCUGCCAGGGAUACGAGGGAAGUCGAGGCUGUUCUGGAUGUUUAGAAUAAUUAUCAGCUUGUUCAUAGGUGUGGUGAUAGUGGCGCUCAACUUUACUAACGACUGGGCUGAGGCCAAAAUGACCACUAAUGCCACCUACAAGUCUUUCAGCAACGCAGUGGUUAACGCUGAGAUUGGCUUGCACGUUGGACUGUAUGGCAUUAAUGUUACACUAAAGGGGAAUCCUGUUGUACAGUUCAAUGAGACCAUUAACUACAAUGAGAUGUUCAGCUGGCAUGACACUAUUGAGAAACAGUAUGAGGAAGCUCUAGAGAAAGGUUUGCCGAACCCCAUCCUGUACAUCGCUGAGAAAUUCACCCUGAGUAGCCCGUGUGGACUCAUCUUUCAGUACAGAUACUCUGGACGCUACGCCUCUGCAACCCUCUGGACGGCGUUUUGCUGUUGGUUGCUCGCCAAUAUCCUCUUCUCCAUGCCUGUCAUUCUGUACGCCGGGUACAUGAUGAUGGCCACCGCCGCCUUUAUCUUCUUCUCCAUGGCCUCCUUCUCCACCAUCAUGAAUGUGCCACAGUGUGUUUUCUCCAUAGGCACCGACUCCUUUGAAACCACGUACAGCCAUUCAUUCUGGCUGGCUCUGGCUACAGGUGUGCUGUGCACCAUCAUCGGGAUUCUGGUGGUGAUGUUCAACUGUAUGAUACCAGAGAAGAUGAAGGAGGCUUUCAGCGUUGGCGUCGACAGUUAUGAAGAUGAGGACGAUUCUUAUGGGGAGGGCUACCUGAAUACAGUUUUCCUUGAUGGAGUGACAAUUUCACCAUUGACGUCAAAAGAAGUCCUGUCGGCACAUAUAUGAAGCUGUCCUGGUUUCCCUCAGGGUCCUUUUCCAGCCAAUACUUGAAGAUAUUUUUGCUGAAUGUGUUACAGUGUCUAAUUUCACAUCUGUUUUAAUGAUCCAUGUGAGCCUGUAAGUGUUAUAAAUGAUUUAACUGUAAAUAGUUGUAUUUGUAAAGUACAUUGUCAUACUGCAGUAGUUGCGAGUACAAUAUAUAAAGUUGUAUGGGAUCCAUACAAUGUAUAUACACACUGAUCAAUAUGGAUUAUAGGUCUGUCAUUGUGCGACUCUUUUUUUUUUCUUUAUUAGAAAUGAGACAAAAUAAUUAUUAGUUUGAUAUCGAUUUCUCUGAUGUUUGAUGUAACAUGCAGCAUGUUGCUGUGGCAACAAAA